CUUUCUGCUUGACUCUAUAAACAACAAACAGAUGCUCCAGUAGAAGUAUUGUAUACAAAAAACAGUGACGGCUUCUGUCAGAAAUGUUGGGAUCUAGAGUGCCAGGUGGAAGAGAUCCAGAAAAUCUCAAAGAGAUGACUCUAAAGAAGAUUCCGCCGGCUUUUUAAACGAACUGACAGGACCUCAUGACCAACUGCCCUCACAUAAUCCUUCACCCCACCAAAACCAACAAUUUCUCGUGCAAGACUUCCACUUUUUUUAUGAAGAAUGCUUAUAAAAUGUAUUUGUGUGCAGAGGACAACUGCCUACAUUAAAAACUUUUAUCCUUCCACAUCCCUCAACCUUUGAAUCCACUGAGCUAUGUUCUAAUUUGAAUUGUUAUAAGUAUUCAGCCAUUUAGUCCUAUAGAAAAAAGAACAUUUACAGUAGGACUAUAAAGUAUCCUGUAGAGAUAGGAAGGAAGCAGUUACCCAAACGUGUGAUCUAUUUAUAAAUGACCACAAAUUGAAGGCCAACAUCUUGACCUGACCUUGUUUCAGGGUCCAUGUGUAUUUGGGCAGGUGGUAGUGGGAUAAAAACCUGACGUGUCUUUGAUAAGAAACGUUUCCCUCUGUGUGCCACGUUGCCAAACAGACUGCAGAGCUGUGGAGUCAAAGCCCCAUUCAUUUAUUUUGGAAGAGAAAUCGCAGGGGACAACUGACCUGAGCCAUGUCUGGACUGAAUGCAUCUCUCGGAUACUUUGUGUCUGCUGUCAUUUUUGCAGCCUUAGUCCGAACACUUCUUAAAAAAUGGCCAAGGUUAAGCUUCCUUUUGGAGUUUGCUUCCUCUUUCAUGCUAGUGGCAUGUUUGUUGGAGGUGCAGACCAUUGUAGAGGUGGGUGAGUGGGCCGGAGGCCUGGGUCCUGAUGUGACGUUAACAAUUCGGUUUGUGGUGUUGUUAACCCAUGGUAUUAUCUGUGGUAGUGCGACAGGGAAUCCCACCCUGGUUGUGCUGAAGUUCCUGCAGAUGGAGGCCACGACCCUGUCUACUCUCUUUGCUGUCGCAGCCCAGUUUCUUGGGGCCCACCUGGCCCUUCUUGUAGCCUUUUACUACUGGAGUCUGGAGCUGACAGACAUGCACAUGAUCAAAAACCUGAUGGCUAGUCAGUGUAGCUCAUCUCUGCUGGUCUCCUCGAUUCAAGGUUUUUUCACUGAGUGUGUCUGCACGCUCACCUUUCAUGUAGUCCUUCUCAACCUGCAACGCAGAUCAGCCCUGAUCCGGGUGCCGCUGAUCGCGGUCCUCCUCACUUUCCUAUCCCACACAGCCCGAGGCUACACCUCAGCUUACAUGAGUCCCUCCUUGUCCUACGGCCUCACCUUCCACUGUCCUGGAUUUACCUUCACAGAGUAUGCAGUGGUCUACUGGCUGGGCUCCCUCACAGGCAUGAUUCUGGCUCUUUUCUUGUACAUGGGCCAUAUUCCAAGGAUUUUUUCUAAGAACCUACUAUAUUCUCAGAAGACACGUUUCCGAGUACCAAAGGGGGAGAAAGGAGAAAAGAAGAAACUGUGAAAGAAACUACCCUUUAUUUUUUCCCUUCAAUCAACCUUUAAAGAAAGUUCCUGACAACAAAGGGUUAAUGGACAAGAUAUUUGUACUGUACAGAAAAUGUAAAAUAUUAUGUAUACAAUAUCAUAAUGACCAA